AUGGCUGUUAUCGAAGAGAUGACAAAUUCUCGGAAUAAUAUGAAGAACAUAGCUGUUUUAAAUUUCGGAACAAAUGACAAAAGGAAUUCUGUAACAAUUAUAGAAACAGCACUGUAUUUGACAGAAAAUUCCUACAUAUACGAAACCGUCCCGGAGUACAUCGCACUAGCUGAAAAGCAAAUAGUAAAAUCCGUGAAAGAAGUAGAAUAUGAAAGUGACAUUAAAUGGAUUAAAGAAUUGUUAAGUACACUAGGGGAGUCGAAAUAUAAAGAGAGCGACAAUUUAAUUUACGAAUGUAAUGAACUUGAGAAAUUUAUGAAAAAUGAAAAAUUAAAUGAGAAUAUGUUGAAAGAAAUUAGUGUGCAUGAAUAUGAAUUGAAAACUAAAAAUAAAUUAAAAGCGCAAGAUGAAACAAUGAAAAAUAAUCUGGAGAAAUUUAAAAAUAAAUAUUACACGAAUUAUUUUUUUAAUUUAACUGUUGUGGUUAGAACUUUUAUUGAUGACCCACUUAGCAUGUUAGUAAUUAUAAAAUAUAUAGAGCAGAUAAUGAAAAGGGAAGAUUUAAAAGAUAUACAAAGAUUUGAAAAACGUAGGAUAGACAUAGAUAUUUUAUUUUUUAAUAACUAUACCAUUUUUAUGGAAAAUUUAGAAUUAGAAAAAGAAUAUAUAUACAAAGUUAUCACAACAUAUAUUAACAUUGACAGGAAUAACAAUAGACACAUUGAAGCAAUUGAAAGAAUAAAAAAUAAGAUACAAUUUCUAAGUAUUCCUCAUUUAUACACAAAAUAUAGAUAUAGCAUAUUAUUAUGUUUAAAUGAUAUAAUACCUAAUUAUAAACAUAUUGUAUUAAAAGAUACGAUAAACACAUUGUAUUUGAAUUUUAUUAGAAAUUUUAAAGAGACAUAUAAUAUAAAUAUCAAGGAGUUUAAUAGAAGAAUGUAUGUAUUAAAAGAUGAGGUAUCUUAUUUAAAGGAGAAAACAAAUAUAGUUGGUAUAUUAAAUGUAAAUUAUGAUUCUUUUUCUGAUGGAGGUUUAUUUGUUAAUCCAACCAAAGCUGUGGAAAGAAUGUUUGAAAUGAUAAAUGAAGGGGCAAGUGUAAUAGAUAUAGGAGGAGAGUCGUCUGCUCCUUAUGUUAUUCCAAAUCCUAGUAUUAGUGAAAGAGAUUUAGUUAUACCCGUUUUAACAUUAUUUAAAAAAAAAUGGAACGAAAUAAAAUACAAAAUGAAAGAAGUAGAUGAACAGAAUUUAGAAAAAAUAGACAGAAUAAAACCGAUAAUAAGUAUUGAUACGGUAAAUUAUAAUGUUUUUAAAGAGUGUGUUGAAAAUGAUUUAGUUGAUAUUUUAAAUGACAUUAGCGCAUGCACAAAUAACCCAGAAAUAAUAAAAUUAUUAAAAAAAGAAAAUAAAUUUUACACUGUUGUUUUAAUGCAUAAAAGGGGAAAUCCACAUACAAUGGAUAAGUUAACAGAUUAUAAUGAUGUUGUUUAUGAUAUUAAAACUUAUUUAGAAAAUAGAUUAAAUUUUCUUGUUUUAAAUGGAAUACCUCGUUAUAGAAUAUUAUUUGAUGUAGGUUUAGGAUUUGCAAAAAAGCAUGAUCAGUCAAUUAAACUGUUACAGGAUAUUCAUGUUUAUGAUGACUAUCCUCUUUUCAUUGGUUAUUCAAGAAAAAGAUUUAUUGCACAUUGUAUGGAUGAUCACAAUGGUGUAAUAAAUAGGGAGAAAUUGAAUUUUUAUGAUGAUAAAAAUGACAAUGAAAAUGAUAAAUCGAAAAAAUGGUUGUUUAAGGUGAACUACAUGCGCAAGGAUAAAGACCAGCUGCCAUAUCAGAAAAAUAUAUGUGGAGGAUUAGCCAUUGCCUCGUACAGUUAUUACAAGAAGGUAGACUUAAUAAGGGUUCAUGACGUACUAGAAACUAAGGCAGUUUUAGAUGUACUUACAAAAAUACACGAAUCGUAA